AGGCCACGUGCCGGUGGGGCAGUUACGGCGGCAAGGCGUUGGGCGGCGCCACCCCGAGGCAGUGGGACACCGCCGUGACCUUCUUCUGCUUCGCAGUCGUGACCAAGGAUACCUACGAGGUGGAUAUCAUGCGGAAUCAGCUCAGGAAGCGGGCGGGCAUCUUCGCAUGCGAGGACCAGGCCAUGAUGACCCACGACGAGGGCUUCACCCUCGACGACGAGCUCGGCGGCGAGAUGGUGCCCUUCAAGUCGGCCGAGGUUGGGGUGUCGCGCGACGGGACGGCUGGCAACGCAGAGCUCUUCAUGAACGUCUGGGAAGCGGUCAAGGGUCUUGACAAGUGGAAGGCCCACGGCUGGACGAUCAAGACCGACCCGGAUGCUGUCAUCUUGCCGGACAGGCUCCGGGGGUCCCUGGCAAAAGUUAGGGAGGACACCCACCUGGGUGACGAGCUCUUCGCGUAUGUGAAGACGUGCCACAAGGACAACGGCAUGAAGAACAUGAUGUUCGGGGCGAUGGAGGCGCUCACGAAGGUGGCAGUCGAAAAGUACUUCGAGGGCAUCCAGAGGUGCAGGGCCAUGGAGUGGCAGACCUGGGGCGAGGACCUCUUCAUGAUGAAGUGCCUGGACAACCUCGGCAGCAUCGGCAUGGACCCGUGGGCGGGCAG